AUGCCUCUAUGUGACCCUGCCAGACGAAGUCGAAACAUGCAUCUAUGUGACCCUGCCAGACCAAGUCAAAACAUGCAUCUAUGUGACCCUGCCAGACCAAGUCAAAACAUGCAUCUAUGUGACCCUGCCAGACCAAGUCAAAACAUGCAUCUAUGUGACUCUGCCAGACCAAGUCAAAACAUGCAUCUAUGUGACCCUGCCAGACCAAGUCAAAACAUGCAUCUAUGUGACUCUGCCAGACCAAGUCAAAACAUGCAUCUAUGUGACCCUGCCAGACCAAGUCAAAACAUGCAUCUAUGUGACCCUGCCAGACCAAGUCAAAACAUGCCUCUAUGUGACUCUGCCAGACGAAGUCGAAACAUGCCUCUAUGUGACUCUGCCAGACCAAGUCAAAACAUGCAUCUAUGUGACCCUGCCAGACCAAGUCAAAACAUGCAUCUAUGUGACCCUGCCAGACCAAGUCAAAACAUGCAUCUUUGUGACCCUGCCAGACCAAGUCAAAACAUGCCUCUAUGUGACUCUGCCAGACCAAGUCAAAACAUGCAUCUAUGUGACCCUGCCAGACCAAGUCAAAACAUGCAUCUAUGUGACUCUGCCAGACCAAGUCAAAACAUGCAUCUAUGUGACCCUGCCAGACCAAGUCAAAACAUGCAUCUAUGUGACUCUGCCAGACCAAGUCAAAACAUGCAUCUAUGUGACCCUGCCAGACCAAGUCAAAACAUGCAUCUAUGUGACCCUGCCAGACCAAGUCAAAACAUGCCUCUAUGUGACUCUGCCAGACGAAGUCGAAACAUGCCUCUAUGUGACUCUGCCAGACCAAGUCAAAACAUGCAUCUAUGUGACCCUGCCAGACCAAGUCAAAACAUGCAUCUAUGUGACCCUGCCAGACCAAGUCAAAACAUGCAUCUUUGUGACCCUGCCAGACCAAGUCAAAACAUGCAUCUAUGUGACUCUGCCAGACCAAGUCAAAACAUGCAUCUAUGUGACCCUGCCAGACCAAGUCAAAACAUGCAUCUAUGUGACUCUGCCAGACCAAGUCAAAACAUGCAUCUAUGUGACCCUGCCAGACCAAGUCAAAACAUGCAUCUAUGUGACCCUGCCAGACCAAGUCAAAACAUGCAUCUAUAUGACCCUGCCAGACCAAGUCAGAACAUGCAUCUAUAUGACCCUGCCAGACCAAGUCAAAACAUGCCUCUAUAUGACCCUGCCAGACCAAGUCAAAGCAUGCAUCUAUGUGACCCUGCCAGACCAAGUCAAAACAUGCAUCUAUGUGACCCUGCCAGACCAAGUCAAAACAUGCAUCUAUGUGACCCUGCCAGACCAAGUCAAAACAAAACGUUUAGGCCACGAGGCCUUCAUCAGCUACAAAACAGACAAACAAAUUAA